CAGCAGAUAUUCAGCAGUAAAAUAGUGCUGAGUAAUAAAUCAGGUGUUUUUAUAUGAAUUAUUCUCAUGACAUCACACACACACUGCAGAAGACGCAGUGAUCAGAUCAGACGAGAUCUGAUUAAAGAUAACAGAGUUGUGAGUUUAUUAUCAGGGGUUAAAUUAGGAUUCAGGAGGUGAAGGAGCUCCACUGUACUUCUGUCAUGCUGCAAAAUCUGUGUUUUUCUGUUUUCAACAUUGACAUCAUGGAAACUGGUGAAGAUUCACUACACUAACAGUAUGGCUCUUCAUUUUCAUUUCAUUCCUCAAUGCAAACACUAUCACUGUCUGCUAACCGCUAGGAGGUGGAGUCAGGGGCGUGGCUGGAAGAGAAGAAGAGGAGAUGGGCCUGAAAGGGUCGUUUUCAGGAGGCAUUACCGCAUGUCCACAUAAACAAGCACAUUUUUCUAAAAUAGUUUUUAUUACUGCAUUGCAGAUGUGAUUGAAAUGACUUUUGGUUACCACACAGGUGACAUGAACACACUUUAAUGAUCAAAUCCACACCACCGACAAACCGUCCAAUCAGAAUGUUUCAGACGCUGUUAAAACUCGUCAUCACCACAUCCAGUACAGCUCAGUGCGGUUUCUAAACAGUGGCAGUGCUUUAAGUAAGCAAUAAAACACGAUGUGGCAUGCUGCUGAAGGAAAUAAUCAGAGACGGGGUGUUGUGAUGAAGCAGAGUUACUAUUAACACCCCAAAGCUGAUUAUUUUCCUAUAAACACAUAUUCCCGAGUGUUUUAUUCCACUUACACCACACAUUUCCCAAGAUUUAACUAUUAUAGCUGACACAUCCUACUUUUUAUCCACUUAUAGUUACAUUUUUGUGUGGAAUAUCAGUGAAACAAAUUACUUCCUGUUGUCACUCACAUUAUAGCAGCUAUAAACAGUCGUUCCCUCAACAGCUUCUCUUUAUUCUCUUCUCUCGCUUCUUUUCUUCAGGUUUAACUGAAUCCACUGUUGUUCUCCCAGCAUUCAGGUGGUAUGUGGGUGUGCGGCUUCCCGAAAGGGGCAGAGUCUGCCUGCAGGGGAUAAAAAAACACAGGAUACAGUGAUAAAUGCAUCACCUGGAGACUAAACUGAACGUUUCAGCUGCAUUAGACAAAGAGGAAAACCAGCAGAAGUCUGAACUUCAUACGUGCUGAUGGUGGUGUUGUGUCUCCUCAGCCAUGCAGUCCUGCAGCAUUCAUCACUGUGUCCUGUUCUUCCUCACCCUCACAUUCACCACUGAGCCUACACUGGCUUUGACUUCUGUAAUGGUGAAGCUGAAUCAGUCUGCUGGUCUCCCCUGUGAACAGAAUUGUUCUGGUUCACUCCAAUGGACUGUGAUUGAUAAACCAAGUGAUAUUGUGGCUCAGUGUAAUCAAACAUCAUGCUGGUCAGGGGAGGGAUUUUACAUCUCUCAUGAUCAGUACCUGAAGGGGGAUCUCUCUCUCACCAUCACUGUAGCUGAUUACAUUAACAGGGGUUUGUACACGUGUGAGUGUGAUGGUGAAGACAUCAUCAAUACCGUACGUCUCAGCAUUGAACCCAGAACAUUAUAUAUACAUCUAAAGCCUGGUGAAGUUCUGGUCAUGGAUGUGCACUUGCCAGGCCUCAUGGAGUUGACAUAUAAACCUAAAGAUUCAACUGAUCCAUACGGUGAACGGAUCUGCAAUGUGACUCAACACUCACUACAGUGUAAAGCUGAAUAUAGACCGAGAGUAAAACUGAGUGAUGCAGAUCUGAUCCUGAAGAAUGUAAAGCCUUCUGAUAGUGGAGUUUACAUCAUCUGGGACAAGCAGAAUAAUGACAUCAAUCUCAAUUAUAUUGUUUCUGUGAAAGAACCUCUAGAAGCCCCUGUAAUAGUGAAGCAUCAUGGGACUGUUACUCUCCCCUGCACACGGAAUUGUACUGGUUUGGUCGAAUGGACCCAUCGAGAUGAUGUUGUGGCUUGGUGUAAUCAGACAUCCAAGCCAUGCUACUCAAAGGAGGGAUAUGAAAUGUCUCAUGAGCAGUACCUGAAGGGAGAUUUCGCACUCACCAUCACUGCAGAUGAUUACAAUAUGAGGGGCUGGUACGAGUGCAAGUGUAAUGAUAAACGUAUCAUUAUUCAGCGCGUCAUUAUCGAGACUGAGAACUCAUCAGUUCAGCUAAAGCCUGGUGAAGAUCUGCUCAUGGAUCUGCCUGCAACAGAGCCAGUGGAGGUGAUUUAUAACGGCUCUGUGAUAUGGUCUAACGGUCCAACCAAUAAACAGCUGUGCAAAGGAGACUACACACACCGGCUAUUGCAAGUUCUCAAACUGGAAAAAGUAAAUGUGACUGAUAGUGGAGUUUACACCAUCCGGGACAUGAACAAUAAAGAAGUCCUACUUAUCUACAAUGUGUCUGUGAAAGAAGACCACUCAGCACCACUUGGAUUGACGGUCGGGCUUCCAAUAGCCGUGGCAUUCAUACUGUUUUUGGGAGUCUUGUACUGGUGGUUCAAAAAUUCACAUCCUCAGAUGGAACGUGUGAGGAAUGACAUAUAGUGUAAAAACUGCAUUUAUGAUUACAUCUUCACAGAAUGAAUUAGAUCUCAGUGCUUUUCCCCUGCUGUUAAAUGACCUUGAAACAUGUUUAAACUGUUUAUUGAAAGGCACACAUGUUCAUAUCAUUAUUCCCAUUGAUCUGUCACUACAUGCAAGUGAUCUGUGCCAUGCAUGUGCUUGGUAAUUUACAGGCCAUUAGCAUUCAUCAAUUCAGAUAGUUUUCAGAAGAUUACACUUUUUAGAUUCUAUUGGAUAAUUUGUUGAAUAGCCACCUGACAUAUUAGCAUUUGCUUUCUUUAGUUAUAGGCUGAAAGAUUGUUAUUUAAUGGCUUCUGUUGCAUCAGAUAAUUUGGUUCAUUUUUGCAUUCCUGUAAUUUUGCUAAUAAUAGAUUUCCUCUAUCAUAACCUUGAAUGUGUGAGUCUGCUGAUAUGACUACACAGUUUAUACACCUUUUAUCUGUCUUCUCAUAUACAGAAAUAAAGGAGCAGAACCAAACUCUGAGUUAAAA